AUUUGAAGUUCCAGUUCGGCAAUGAAUCCAGGAAGUUUUGAGGAAGAGUUGUCGUCCAAUCCAUCAGAUCAAGUGGCGGAGUACAUAUUGGAAGGGAAAUGGCAGAAGAUUGUGAACAUGUACAACCAAUUCCCAGCUUGUCACACGGCAAUGAUUUACCCUUCCGUGGGUACUGCACUGCACGUGGCGGUGGAUUUGGAAGAAGAAGCGGUGGUUGACGACCUUGUGAAUGCCAUCAUCAGACACAAGACGAUGAAGGCUCUGAAAAUGAGGAACUACCGAGGGGAUACCGCUCUGCAUGUUGCUGCUUCCAGGGGUUUCGCAAAGAUAUGUGAGUUGAUCAUAGGAACCAAGAAGGAGAGGAUUUACUUGAUGAGACUGGAGAACAAAGAAGGAGAGACACCUCUCUUUCAAGCUGCUCUCAACUGGAAGAAACUCGUCUUUGCUUAUCUUUCUAACCUUUCUGGCCACACUGCUCCAUUGCAAGAUCUUGUGCGAGACAAUGGUGACACUAUUCUUCACUGUGCUAUCAGAAGAGAGUAUUUCGAUUUGGCUGUGAUAAUACUGCAUUACUAUGAUUUCCUUAGGGGACAUUUGAAUAAUGAGGGUUUCACUCCUCUCAAACUCCUAGCAACCAGGCCCUCGGCUUUCAGAAGUGCUACCAAACUUUCAUGGUGGAAGCAAAUCCUGUAUCACUUUACGCUUGUGGAAGAACUGGACCCUAAAAGACAAAUGGAGACGAUUUUGGAAAAGGUGAAAAAGCAACCAAAAUCUGACGAACCCUAUUAUCCAAAGAGCUAUGUCACAUUAUGUGACUUCAUUGCUGGAUUCAAAUGUCUUGAUGCUCUAACUGACAAUUUUUUUACUAAACGUAAACAGCAAGACCCAGAAAACCCAUCAACUGAGGAGCGUGAAAUCGAAUCUAAAGCUUCUGGGAAUGCAUUUGUACUUACUCUUAGAUUCUUAGGAGUAGGAUUUAAGGAAAUAAGGAAUAUAAAGAGGAGGCAUCAAUGGAGUGGUCAACUCUUGCUGGCACUGUUGGAAAGACCUUACGCAGCAUUUACAGGAAGUGGAGGUGUCCCAACGGAUAUGAAAGCUGAAACUGAUAUGUAUAAUGUAUACAGCGAAUAUAUACAAGGUGAACCUAGCGAACCGUCAUGGUUGAAGGAAGAAGAAGAAGAAAAAGGAGAAAAAGAAGAAGAAAAAGAAGAAGAAGAAGAAGAGGAUAACGAGACACCAUUUCUGGUUGCGGCAAGAAAUGGCAUAGUUGAAAUGGUGAAUGAACUUUUGGAUCGAAUUCCAAAUGUGAUCCAUGACAGGAAUUCAAUGAAAGAUAAUGUGUUGCUGGUGGCAGUGAUUAACAGGCAACCCUUACUUAUUGAGAAUUUGAAAACGAAGAUAAGACCAGAAGUUUGGAAUAGUUUAAUUCUGGAAGUAGAUAGAGAUGAGAGGACCAUAUUGCACUGCGCAGCAUAUGCUCCGAUGGUCUACCACCGUCUAAAGAUAUUGCAAAUGAUGUGGGAUAUAAAGUGGUUUCAGUAUAUUAAAAGCCUUGUGCCAAAACACUUUAACAUAAGCAUCGACAAAAGGGGCAGAACUGCAUGGGAAAUAUUCGAGGAAACUCACCAAGAACUGAUAAAGGAAAGUAGCGAUUGGCUGAAGGAAACAUUUGAAUCCUGCUUUGUUGUGGCUACACUUGUUGCCGGUGUUUCCUUUGCUACAGCCAGCUCCAUCCCCGGUGGCACCGAUGAAGAAGGUAGACCACAUUUUGAAGGCAAUCCUGCAUUUGAUGUGUUUGCCGUUGCUUCACUGGUUGGACUUUGCUCCUCGGUCACUGGAAUCAUAAUGUUCCUUAUCAUCCUCACUUCUCUAAAGCAAUCCAAAGAUUUUCGCAGAAUUUUGCCAUUCAAAAUUCUUCUAGCUCUCACUUCUCCUUUUGUAUCCAUUGCUGCAAUGUUAGUCUCUUUCUGCUCCGGCCAUUACUUUCUGCUUAGUCACAGAUACAAAACGGCUCUAUACCCCAUUUAUGCAGCCGCUGCUUUUCCAAUCAUCUUCUAUGCUGUGGCGCAGUUUCCACUAUACUUUGAUCUUAUAAUAGCCAUUUUUUCUAAGGUGCCACGGGCAACUGUAACGGAAACAAGUUAUAGCAGCUAAGCUACUACAUCUAUGUCUCAUUGUUCGUGUUGUAUUGUGUUCAUGUUCAUGCAGUCAUUCAAAUAAAUUUUCCUUUUUUGAGUCAAGUUUGUGUUUUGUCAAUGAUUGUGGGCUUGUUUUCCUGGUAAAUAAAUAUCAAGCAAGUU